UCUCUGCAUAGCUAGCUCUCUUCAUGUAUCAAGAUCAAUACCCCUUAUCUUCUUCCUUAUAGCCCCUUUUGGAUUGGAAACAAAAUGCUAGGAAAGACAAAAAUGGUGUCAAUUAAGAAACUAGCAAAAAAAGUGAAGGUUGUGGGUGGAGUUGACCCUGACCGAGGUCAUUUGCUAGAGGGAUACAAGGAAGAAGAAAACUCAACCAAGCAGACAACCCCAACUGGAUUUUUUGCAAUUUAUGUUGGGGAGGAGCGGCAGAGACAAGUGGUUCCAACCCGGUACCUUUCUCAUCCUCUGUUCAAGAUGCUGCUGGAGAAGGCUUAUGAUGAAUUUGGGUUUGAUCAGAGGAAUGGCCUGGUAGUUCCGUGCGGUGUUUCUGCAUUUCAGGAAGUAGUGGAUGCUAUAGAAUGCAACAAUGGCAAGUUUGACUUGGGGAAAAUCUUAGCUGAAAUUGUUUGAAUUGCAUAGAACACUAGCUAGCUCUCUUUCAUUUCUUGCUAUAGUUAGAUCACACACAUAUACAUGUUGUAGUUCAAUUGGUAGCUUUAACUUGAAAUUGAAGCUGUUG